AGCGUGAGAGAGAGAGAGAGAGAGAGAGAGCGUGUGUGAAAGAGGAGAGAAAAAGGAAGCGAUUUUAGGGUUGGAAAGGGAGAGGAGAAGCUCAAAAAAGCGGAGGAGAUAAAAAAAGAGGGGAAUUUUUGGUGCAAAAGAGCUUCGGAAGCGAUUCCCCGAAUCCAAUGUUUUAGAUCUCGAUCAAAAGAGAUCUCUUGCUAUCCUGUUCUCUAUGAUGUUCUUUACGAGACACAAAUUAAUAAUCAGCUGAGUGCGCGCUGCUUCAUGUAUUAGGCACCUAUGUUGCCAAAAGGCUAAAGGAUAUGGAGAAUCUUACUGCUGGUUCUUACCUUCAGGGUUCUCUAUAUCAUCGACUAAUUCUACUCACAAUUUGCCUAUGUGGUUUGCAAGAUGUAGUAUCUCAAAAAACUGAAUUACAACCCAACGACAAAUUUAUGCUGUCCGAUCCGCCGAUCGGACUCUUCGAUCCAAUAGAAAUUUCGCCAGCUGUCGUACCACGUAACCCAUACCCUAUCGAGCCUUUUUCCCCAAUGUACCCAUCUUUCCCGACCACGUACAAUCCAGUGUUAACAGGAAAAUGCCCCAUGAACUUCUCUUCAAUUUCCGACAUAAUGGAAAUAACAGCAUCUGAUUGUUCUGUGCCCUUAGCGUCUUUCGUUGGUAACGUCAUUUGUUGUCCCCAAUUUAAUAGCUUAUUGCACAUUUUCCAAGGCACUUAUAGCAGUGAAUACAAUACUCUCGUUCUUAAUCAAGCGGCCGCAAAUGAUUGCUUCUCCGAUGUUAUAACUAUACUAGCCAGUAGAGGAGCGAACAGUAGUAUCCCUUCCCUUUGUUCGGUGAAGCCAUUAAACCUCACUGGCGGUUCGUGUCCGGUGAAGGAUAUAAAUGCUUUUGAGAAAGCAGUUAAUGUAACCAGAUUACUAGAUUCAUGCAGCAAUAUCGACCGGCUCAAAGAGUGCUGUAGGCCGGCUUGCCAACCGGCUAUUAUGGAAGCUGCAUUGAAAAUCUCAUUUGGAGGAACAAGCAUGUUGGAUAACACUAAUCUACCGGGAAGUGCUUCUUCUAUUGAUGUUGUUAGCGAUUGUAAAGGGGUGGUAUACGCGUGGCUUUCAAGGAAGCUGUCGUCGGAAGCUGCUAAUACUGCUUUUCGGAUAUUAUCAGGUUGCAAAGUAAACAAAGUUUGCCCUUUGGACUUAAAAGAGCCUUCAUCUGUCAUCGAAUCGUGCCGCGGUGCGACUUCUUCUAGUUCUUCCUGCUGCGCUUCAUUGAAUAUGUACAUUGCAACUCUCCAAAAGCAGAUGUUGAUCACAAAUAGGCAAGCCAUCAACUGUGCGACACUUUUUGGUUCGAUGCUACAAAAAGCUGGUGUAAAAGCAAAUAUUUAUGACCUCUGCGAAGUCGACUUAAAGGACUUCAGUCUUCAGGCAUAUGGGCAGCAAGGAUGUCUACUUCGAAGUUUACCUGAAGACAUUGUCUUCGACAAUGUUACGGGCUUUAGCUUUACGUGUGACUUGACCGACAAUAUCGCUGCACCAUGGCCUUCCUCAUCCUCUAUUUCAUCUUUGCCGCUUUGUGCCCCAGAAAUGUCGUUGCCUGCAUUGCCGGUACCCCAGACCUCAGGAAUCUCAGGUAAUUCUGGCAACUUGAUGAGAAUUUUGCUGCCACUCCUGUAUUUGGUGCUUGUUUUGAAGUAAAAUACAUGGCCAUGGGUUUCAUCAAAGUUCCAUCCACAAGAUGAUGCAGUGGAUUGUAUAUUGAGCUCUGAUUCCUUCUCAUGUAUAGUGCCUCUCUCUCUCUCUCUCUCUCUCUAUAUAUCUCUCUCUCUCUCCUUUUUUUUAAAAAAAUUAUUCUUUUCCUUCUUUUUUUUUUGGUGUGGGUGGAUGAGAUGUUGUUAAAUUUAUGAACUAGAAGGGACUUUUCAUAUUUUUUGGGUCUUGGAUUGAACCUAGGGCUUGGAAUGGAAAAAGACCCUUAUUGGAAAAAGGACACCAUGGGAGUUCAUGAUAUGCCCUAAUUUGGUCACCAUGGUUCUUCUGUUAAUAUAGACAGUAUGUAGAUGAGUUUCUCUUAUUGUGGAUUAUUUUGAUUCAGCUAUAUCUAACGUUUCAAAAUUUUGACUUGA